GUCUAGAGAAAGAGCUCUUUGACCGUUUUGACAUAUUAUUUAAGGCAGGCUUAGGUAAGUUAACAGUUAGAGCACAUUCCCUCUCAGAAUCUCAGGCCUAGUCAUGUCCAGAUGCAGAACAUACAAAGUAUCUGCAUCGGUGCGCGUGGAUCAGAUGGAGUCCGAGCUGGCCGCGCAGUUGGAUGCACUUCGAGCAGAAAACGUAUUUCUUCAAGGGACUAUUGGGAAAUCAUACUGCUCGGUGCAAAUUCCUAAGGACAUUUCUUACUUUCGUGUGGAGAGAGAACAGUGUUUGAAAAGACUCUUGCAGGUCCCUGCUGCACGACCUCAUGUGUCCCCGGCGGAGGUCAUUCAGCAGGAGCUGGAGAGCUGUAUCAAUCGGGAAUACACACCUGAAAGUCUUCCUCUUCUGCUGCACCAGCACUACUUGGACCGUUCCAAUCAGUUGACACAAUGCAAACACCUGCUCAUGUUGAGGUGGAGGAGAUUCUGUCGCCACUCCACAGUUUUAGAACGGUUGUAUCCUUCCUACAAGGGACAGAUGGACCUGCUGGUGCAGGAAUAUGAAGAUGCAGUGCAGCGAGCGCGCAGGCUGGCCGUGUCCAGAGAGAGACUCCUGACCAGAAGGGCAAGCCCAAACAUCAUACUCUCCCAGGAAGAUGUGGUCAUCUACCUCCAGUGGCUGGUGACCCAUCUGCACUCCCUGAAAUCUGUCCACAAUUUUCUGCAGGUUCUCCAUUACCUACCUGCAAGUGAGAGGAAAGACAUGGUGUCUGGAAUGACUGUAAUAGAUGUUAUUUCCUCCUCCACCAAACAGCUGGCAGGAGUGUCUUUAACGACUGGGGUUCCUGUUCAUAUGCUGAGGCUUGACCAGUGUGAGAGGCAGCUGCAGCACCUCCUGUCCCACUUCCAGCUGCAAUGUGGCACUCCAGACCUCAGGACCCCCGCUGAUCAGAUGGAGCUCUUCAGAGUGGUAUCACAGGAGUUCCGGGUGAUCUUCCAGAAGCAAGAGGAGGAGAGGGCCCUGGAGCAGUACGGCAGCUCGGAGGCCUUGGAGGGGCAGCUGGGGAGGAAGGGCACCGGGGUCGCCCUGAGGAAGGAGGCCAACUGGGUUCCCUUCCUCCAGACUAAGCCCAAGCAUGACCCCUGGCAGCAGAAGUUCAUCACCAAACUGAAGGAGCAGAACUCAUUGGAUGAGCUACUACAGAAUCUGUGCAAGUGUUGUCAGUUGUCAGAUGCUGAUAAAGCUAUGGAGGCUUUGAGACAGCAUGCUUCUUCUGUGGUUAAGCCCGAAAGCGUGGGGCCUUCCACACUGGACCCAAAGUCCAGAGGAGGAAACAGUACCUCACAGAUAUGGAGCAGUCUAUACAACACUGUCAUUACUUCUCAGGAUUCCAUGGGUAAACAAAGUGCAUCAUCUCUGCAAAACGAUAACGAAGGAUUAAGGAAGUCAAGGCUUGGCAGCAGCACUGAGCUCUUGGGGCUUGAGGAGUACUUAGGGGAUGGAGGUGUAGACUCAUCAGAGUCCAGAGGCGCGUACCUUUCCCUGGUUUACCUGCGCUACCUCAGGAUCCGGGAGCUACAGAAUGCUUGUCUGAACAUGCUGAACUACAUGCGGUCUGUGGAGAGGACGCUGACCUUUGACACGGCGGCUGUGGUGAUGGAGGGUGGAGAGCUGAAGAACAGGAGGGAGGAAUGGGGCUGGAUGAGUGCAGUCAGGAGAGACGUGGAUUCCAGAGGCGGUAUAGGGUCUCAUCACCAGAUCUACAGCACACCUGUGGACUACCAGGUCCACUGUUCUGAGUUUAUGGAGUUCCCAGAGGUGGAGAACCACCACGACUACUACAGCGGAGAGGGUAGGCAGGUGCGCACCCAGGACCAGAUGGGUCUGUUUGUGGUGUAUGAUGCAGCUCUCAGAGACCUGGAGGAGCUAGAGCACACCCUCCUCCUCAUAGCCUCCCACUACAUCCAGACCAGGAGCAGAGAGCGGUGUAUGACGGAAGCCUCAGGUCAGUCUAAGGUGGACCUGAACUCUUGGGCUGGGAUGGACGUGGAUCGUCAGGCUGUUUUACUGGAUCUGUGGAUGUGCGAGACCACAUUUAUAGAGAAAAAGAUGCAGCUGCUUAACUGCUACUUCGAGGCCUACCAACACGUAACAGACUCAGAGGAGAGGGUUGCCAUGGCCCAGGUCAUCACAGACAUCAUCCAUCGCCGGCCUCAGCUGGACCCAGCAGCCCAGUACUGCGUACAGGCCUACCACGAGGAGCUUGUCUGUAUGCAGAUGCACCAGCAGCUCAUCAAACAUAUCCUGGACCAGCAGAUUGAUGAGCAGCGUCGAUACCUCCUGCGGGUGUGGAGGAGGGAGGACAGGAGGGCCACUCUGGGGUUUGGCCUGCCCCCAAACUACACCCCCAAACAGCUGGUCACUCUUUGUGGAGGCAGUCCUGCCCUGAAGAGUGUUUUCCUGCUGGAGGUCCACCCCUCGCUGUGCCUGGCCCGGCAGGUGUACCAGGCUCUGGGGAAGGCCCAUGCUGAGCUCUGCCAACUGCACGGAGCCAAUGGAGUUCUGGAGCGUGUGGCUCUGGAACAGAGAGUCCUGAAGCAGGCCCUGCACUACUGGCACACCCAGGCUCCACUCGGGGCCUUCUACAGCCCCCAGAUCCAGAAGGAUUUGUUUUCAGAGGUGUUUUUUGAGGACCCUCUGCUGGUGAGGGAUGUGGGUCUGGCUGUUCUGAGGUCAGCAGAAGAGAAGGAAAUUAGGUCUGAGAGGGACAGACAGCUCCUUGGUGUUGAGACGUUCUCAAACCUUCUGGAGCUGGUUACCAUACGCCAUCGUCUGCUGGAGGCUGCUUUAGAGAGUGGACACCUUGCACAGUUAUACAAAUCUUUAGCUCUGGAACUGGGCUUUGAUGACUUCCAUCUGUAUUUGCGACCUGUUCAGUUUGAGUUUGCUGUGCUGAAGGAUGUGGCUGAACAGCGGCCCAUGUUCAUCACAGCUUUACUGGAGGACAACACCAGUGUGGACAGAUAUGUCCCCUCUAGUCUGCCUCUGGCUAUUCAGGAGCUUGAUGUCAACCAUAUCGGUAGAUUCAGCUUUCACACUCGGGAGGCAGUCAUGCAACUCUUGUAUGGAUCAGGGAUUGAAAACCUGCAGGUGACCCUGGCAUGUCAGGUGACACAAAAGAAUACAUUGAUCAGUGCUAUCAAGCAAGCCUCACUUUGCUAUUGGGCAGAAGUUGCAGCAGGGUCACAGCAGGUUCAGCAUGAGAGCAGACACCCAGAGGAGAGGAGCCCCUCCAGUAAAGCACCCAGACGAUAUGCAUCAGACUCAAGGCACAGACUUGCAGAGUCAUUUGUGUCUAUCCAGCUGGAGAAGACACGGCCAAGAGAUGAAAUGCUGAACGCCUUCAUCAAGCGGAGGGAGGCAACAGGAACCCUUCUGCAGAACACGGAUGAAGCAGCAAAGACCAAGAGGAAGCUGAUCCUAGAGUUCUGCUCCAAGCUUAGUGUUAGCAUGUCUCAGUGCUGUGUCAGAGCACAGAUUGUUGCCCUGUACCACAGCCUCACAUUACUUUUGCAAGACUUUCCUACCAUCUGCCAAACCCACUUCAUGAUGGGUAGGUCUAAUGAAGCCAAAUCAAACCAGGACUCAGAGAAGGCACUCACAACAGAUCCCAGAACGUUCCAGCAGCGCCCCAGAGCUCUGUUGUCAGCAGACGGAACUGUUCUCCUCAACCUGUGGUUCCUCCCACACUACACAGAGACUCUGCUCAUGUUCCGAGGCUUGGAGGAGAAGACAUGUCAAAGGGCACUUCAGCACAUGUUGGCCAUCGCCUCUGCCCUUCAUGACAUUGUGUGUUACACCAUCAGCUUUGCUCGCUUGGGGAAUGCAGCCUCUCUCCUCAGCUCUGCCAGCCAAAGCACUCUGACAGCUGACUGGGGUGGGACCGAGAGUAUCAGUGCUGAGCUCUGGGACAUUCAGCAGCAUGUGGACUCUCUCUGUGACCCGCGCAGCCCGAAGGCCGUCGGACGUCUGCUCCAGCUGCGCAGACAGGUGCUAUUCCUGCUCUUUGAUGCAGCCACACGUCACACAAUCAGAAAAACAUUCCUGUCCACUGGAAACACUGCAGCCUAUCACAGUGUGAAUGACAACAUGGGACACGCCCUUCCCCUCUUGAGUGACAGCUUGAGAAAAAGUGACCAGAGCUACCAGCUGCCUCUGCCCCAGCCCCUGGAGCCAGACUGCCCUCAGGCGCAAAGACUGUUUCCAUGGAGAUGGUUUAUGUUGUGCCACGGACUCCAUCCUCUGGAUGUUUGGGACGUUCCCCCUAUAGAGUUCUGCAUGCAGCUGUGUCUGAGUGGCCUAGGAGAGCGCAGCCGGCAGGUGGCCAAUGGGGAGCUGCUGGGCGUGUCUCUGCAGCUGGAGGAGGUGCUGAGCAGUGGGCAGGUAGUGGGUACUCUCCAGCUGGACAUGACUGCACAGGCCACUGAUGAUGUGCAGAGAAAUAAAACUCAGGAGCCGGAGGAAUGUGUUGUUGCUGAGGCUGAUGGAGACUGCUCUGUGAAGAGACCCAGAGACCCCACCUUUGGCCUGGAGCAGCAGAGAGGCUUCCUGCUACUGUGGAAGCAGCUGGAAACGCUGAAGGAGAUCUGGGGCUGUCACAGACUGGGCGUCCAGCACAUCCACAGCCCCACUCACUACCAGCACUUUACCACACUCUACAGACAGGAGAUCCAGUACCCCAGUAUGAAGGCUCUAGCGCAGCACUUGGGGUCUGAGCAAGAGUAUGAGGCCCUGUUGGUGGAUGGCCAGCCUCUGCCGCCCCCUGCUGGAGCCUCCGAGGUGGAGCUGAGGACUUGGGAGCUUCUGAGACUGCUGGAGAGCAUGGAGUGUGACAUGAUUAAAGCAGUACAAUUGAAGAUGGCCAAAGAGACGACCUUGCUCCUGUCAGAGAGGACACGGCAAGACACAGCCUUACCCACAGAUGUGUGGAAGAGAGGCCCCAUGAAGCACUGUCCGACACCAGAGAGGCCACUGAUUGUGGAGAACUUUGUGCAUCAGCUGCUGUCUGGAGUCCAGAAUUCUGAGGGGCAGGUGUCCUUCUCCAGUGCCCAUCUGCAGCAGUGUUUGAGCGCUCUGUCGCGUGACGUGAUUGGCCGCGAGCGGAGCAACUUCCUGUUCUACUCCCAGUUCUAUGAGCAUCUCCUGCAGCAGGAGACCCAGCUGCUCCAUCAGCGGGAACAGGAUGUGAAGAACCUGGAGGAAUAUCACAUCCAGUCAAGUGACCCUCUCAGUAAGGCGGCUGCUCUGUGCCGGGGGCUGAUGGUGGAGAUGACGGCCCUGAGGGCUCAGCUGGCACACGUGGAGGAGGAGCGCAACACCCUCCAGCAGCAGCUGAGGGCUCAGCACAGACUGCACUAUGACACCCUUGUGCAACGGCUCUUCACCACCUGCCUCCAGCUCAAGUCACGACUGGAUGGUUACCACCAGAAGAUGGAGGAGGACGUGCUGCAGAUGGUUGGCAGAGCCCGACAGGAGGGAGUGGAGCGGAUCUCCAGGCUCCAGAAGAAGUAUGGCUCCUCCAGAGAACCUGAGGACCUAGCAGAAACUCUGGUUCAGAAAGAGGCACAGCAGGACCUCCUGAUAGAGAACUCCCAGCAGAGGGCUCUGAUGAGGAAACUACAGGCACUGGGUCAGUGGAGAGAGGUGGUGGCUGUGGGAAAACUACAGCGGGAGCUCCUCAGCACCAAACAGAGGGAGCUGCAGAGGCAGCUGGCCUGCGUUAGAGUGCAGCUGGAAUCUGAGCAGCAGGGGGCGCUGCUGCAGCAGGAGCUGGAGGCCCUGAGGGAGGUCAUGCAGCAUAGCCAGAAGGAGGUCCACCUCGCCAGGAAGCAGCUCAGCCAAAAGAGCCAGCGUCUGCAGGAGGUGGAGCAAGGCGGCGCCCAGGAGGAGCGCAUGCGCAUGCAGCUGCACAGCUCGGGAGCGCUGGGUCUGCAGCGUCUGCAGGAGGAGGCUGAGGACAGAGAGAGGGUGAUAAAGGAGCUCACCAAACAACUGCACACUGGACGCAGACAUAGCCAGCUACAGCUGCAGCACAGCAGCAAAGAACUGCAGCAGGUGAGGAGUAAACUCCAGCAGGAGAGGGGUCUAAAGCAGGAGGCCUUUCAGCUGGUCAGUCAGCUGCAGAGGCAGGUCAGUGCAGGGACGGCUCUCCCCAGCUGCACCUCCACACCAGGUCUAGUUGCAGGCAGAAGCUCUAGGACCUCCCCCAUCCUCUUCCUCAGAAACUCCAGAGGAUCGUCCUCAGGUACGAUGGCCAGAAAGCUCAGGAGAGACGACACAGAGGACAGCGGCGUAGAAGCACUUCAAUCAGUUAACACGGACGCAAAGAUGGUCUUCUCAAAGUCAAAACAGAGUCUCUCUCAACUGCGUCUGCACUCCUCUGAGGCACUGUUACCAAACCUCACUGAUGGGCGUAGCAGCCCUCUCCUCCUCACCCUGCAGAGACCAUAGAUGGAUGUCUGUGCACUCAAACUGCUGUUUAUGUUUCACAUACCAUUUCUCUAGACACAAACAUAACAAGCAUGUUUUAAAAUAGAGGCAGCAAUUCACUUCAUUUUGAACAUUUGAAUGAAAUGUAGUAUAAUCAUGUUGUUGAUUAAUGACAGAAUAUGGCUUCAGUUUAGAGGUCUUUACUUUUCUAAUGUAUCCCUGAUCUUUUAUUAAAAAAAACCUUUACAGCCAAAA